AUGCCGAACACGGAUGGUUUCGGCUCCGAAGACGAGGCCAAUUCCGCAUCCAGGUUUGACAGUUUGAGGACCCAGCGGGUGGCGGACGGCAUCGAAAUGCUCUCGAGGGUGAUUAGUUUGGAUGAGGUUGUUAAAACAUCAAUCGAAACAUUCCGCAACACGUUCGGUGCCGAACCGGACCUGGCCGCCUGCGCUCCCGGGCGGGUCAAUCUAAUCGGCGAGCAUGUCGACUACAACGAUGGGUUCGUCCUGCCGAUGUUACUAUGGCUCAACUACGUGAAGGGUGUAAUGUUCCACCUCCGGCAGCCGGUGCCGGGCUUUGACGCGGUCAUCCACACGAACGUUCCCGUCGGCAGUGGGCUUUCGAGUUCGGCCGCUCUCGAGGUGGCGACGUUAACGUUCCUGGAGCAACUCACCGGGCAGCAGUCGGCGAGUGUGGCCGAGGCGGCCAAGAUCUGCCAGCGUGCGGAACACACGUUCGCCAAUGUGCCCUGCGGGAUCAUGGAUCAACUGAUCGCGUUGGGUGGACGAGCCGGCCAUGCCCUGCUGAUCGAUUGCCGCUCCCUCGACACGGUCCCGAUUCCCGUCGAGGCUCCCGAGCUGGCGGUACUGAUCUGCAACUCGAGCGUGAAACAUGAACUGUCGUCGAGCGAGUAUCCGGUCCGGCGGAAGCAGUGCCAGGACGCGCUGAAGCUGAUGGGACUGGGGAGCUACCGAGACGCCAACCUGGACCAUCUGAAAGCUCUCGAGAAUGCGAAUGAAGUGCUCGUACGUCGGGCUCGCCACGUCAUUACGGAGAUUCAGCGCACCACCGAUGCGGCCGAGGCACUGAAGGCGAACGACUUCGUUAGGGUGGGCCAACUGAUGACGGAAUCACACCGAUCGCUGAGCGAAGACUUUGAAGUGUCCUGCCACCAGCUGGACCUGCUGGUGGAGGCAACACUGGCGGCCCGCGGUGUACUCGGUUCGCGCAUGACCGAUGGCGGUUUCGGGGGCUGCACCGUCACGCUCCUCGAACGUGGCGCCCUGGCCGACGUGGUCAAGGAGGUGGACACGAUCUACUCGCGCAAAACGGGUGGCAAAUUCCGGGCCCGGUUCUAUCUCGCGCAGCCCGGCGACGGCGCCCGGACGCUCGACGUGAGCCAGUAUCUGGCGUGAGCCGUAAGGCUCCACUCCACAGUUUGUUACAUUAUAUUUUGGAUAAGAACGCAGCAAGAGGACAGCAGCAAUAAAAUGGGGCUAAACUUAAGGA